AUGGGUGGCUUCUUUCAACAAAAACCUCAUGUCUCAUUUACCUUACCUCAUUUUCUUAUUGUGUUUAAUACUGAUACAGAUUUUUUUUUGAUAACUCGUAAAACCUUAAAUGUUUUAGCUCAAGAGCUAUCUGGAGCGUUGGACAUUUUUCAACCUAAGACAUUGCGACUAAAGCAAAUUAAUGUACCAGCGUACGGUAAAAUUUUUUGUUAUCUUCAACCAGUUUUUGAAGGCCAAAACAACACAAGACAUCUUAUUGGAAAUGAUCAAAUUGAAUUAGAAAUUACAAUGGUUGUUGAAGGCAGAAAUAGAAUAUUCCAUAUAUAUGUUAAAUGGUUAACUCAAAAAUCAUUAUAUUUGCUUUAG